UGCACAUAAAGAGCUCUAACAACAAAUUAACAUAUAUCUCAAACAUGGCCUACAAUCACAACAAGAGUUUAACGAUAGUCAUAGCCUUGCAACUACUAGCCAUCGCCUUCCAUGCCACUUCACGCAUCCUUGAUGACCCGUCCAUGCUGGUUAGACACGAGCAAUGGAUGACUCAUCAUGGACGUGUUUACAAAGAUGAUAAAGAAAAACAGCAACGAUUUCAGAUAUUUAAAGACAACGUAGCGCUUGUAGAAGCACACAAUGGAGGUCCUGACCUAGGAUACACUCUUGAGGUCAAUCAAUUCGCUGAUUUAACCAAUGAGGAGUUUCGUGCUUCCCAUCAUGGUUACAAGAAACAACCACUUCCACGUGAAGUCUCUAGCACUUUUCGGUAUGCAAAUGUAAGUGCAGUUUCCAGUGAAGUAGACUGGAGAAAAGAAGGGGCGGUAACGCCUAUCAAGGACCAAGGCGAAUGCGGAUGUUGUUGGGCGUUUUCGGCGGUGGCAGCUAUGGAAGGUAUCAACCAGAUCAAAACCGGGAAAUUAAUAUCUUUGUCAGAGCAAGAACUCGUUGACUGUGAUGUUGAUGGCAUCGAUCAAGGCUGUGAAGGAGGUCUUAUGGAGAACGCCUUCCAAUUCAUCGAAAAACAAAAAGGUCUAACCUCGGAAUCUGCCUAUCCAUACACCGAAGGAGAUGGUGUUUGUAACACCAAGAAAGCAGCCAUCCCGGCAGCCACGAUCUCCGGCUAUGAGAAAGUUCCGGCAAACAAUGAAAAGGCCCUGUUGCAGGCCGUAACACACCAACCUGUAUCUAUUGCCAUUGAUGCAAGUGGAUAUGCUUUUCAACUAUAUUCGGGUGGUGUUUUUAGCGGGGCGUGUGGAACUGAUCUUGACCAUGCUAUAACUGCAGUCGGGUAUGGGACCACGACGGAUGGGACCAAGUAUUGGCUCAUGAAGAACUCAUGGGGGACAUCAUGGGGAGAGAAUGGUUAUAUACGAAUUAAAAGAGAUGUUGCAAAAGAAGGAUUAUGUGGUAUUGCUAUGGAUGCGUCUUAUCCUAUUUGAAAUAUAAAAAAGUCAAAAAUUGUUGAAUAUAUAGUGUAUUUAGGUGUGUAUUUUGUCAUAUAUGAUUGAAAUUGUAUUCAAAUUAUACUGAUUAAA